AUGGGUGUUGCAGGCAAUGCUUCGACAGAGUCUGCGCCGUCGAUACCACCCUCGCCCAGAUCUGGCAAAAGCAGUUCCUCUUCCAGCAGUCACCAUGCGGCAGACCAGCUGGGCGAGCCGCCACCGCUCAUUAUCUGUCGCAACAAGCACUGGCGAUACAUCUCAGCCUUCCACGGACCAUGGCUCCAGAUGCCCAUUGAGAUCCUCGAGACGAUUGCCAACAUCAACUACAAUACCCCGCGACCCCGACCCAUCGACCCGGCCGUCUUCUUCGACCUUCUCAAGGUGCGUCGACUAUGCGAUGAAGCCACGAAUCUCGCGGUGAGGGCUGCUAGUGACAUCGCCUCGCCGGUCUUGACCAACGUGCACGGUGGCUACGACGCACGCCAAAUGGGCGGCUUCGGAACAAAUGGGCCAGGACAUGGAGGCAAACUCAGCAGAGAGCGCAAGUUCCGCAUGAGGGAGCAAGCAAGCCAGAAGCUUGCGCGCGCCUAUCGUCUGGACGAGAUCGCCUGCAGUGUCGCGACGAUGCAGGGCUCGUCGCCGCUGGAUGACAUUGGGAGUCACGUCUUGCAGCGCAAUGCCAGGGAUCCCGACGCGCGCUAUGUGCACUUUUUCCACGAGAAGAUUCCGUCCCGCCAGCUUGCUGGGUCCACGAGUCUGCAGCCGUUGACGGAGAUUAUGGCCGACCGACCAACCGAGCCCGAGGCCUGGAGGACGCGCGCAGCCGUACGUGUGUUCAAGGAGGACUACGACGGUGCUGUGCACGAUCUGACACAGGCCCUGGCCGUGUGCCGGUUCCAUCAGCCUCCACGUUCGGCCGACGACCACGGUGCUUCCAAGGUUCUUCCAGAUGUUCAGCGGUCUCGCGGCAGGCGACCGCAAGACAUCAUUCUAGCGGAGAAGGACCAGCCAGGUAGCUUGGAGGGACAGCUGCUGUUCCAACGCGCCUCCAUCUGGCUCACAAUGGCAACGCGGCACGUCGAAGAUGGUCUGCCUCCGAAGAAGAAGAGCAAGCCCACCACCAAUGGCCAAUCCGAGAAGGAGAACGGAAACCCAGGACCAGAAAAGGGACCCGACGGCAAACGCCAGACGGAGUCUCGCAAAACAGUCAAGAUUCUAGCCAGGCGCGCGUUGAAGGACUACGUGGCCUUCAUCUCACAGUUUGAGUACUCGCCUGAUCUGCCCGUCGCGCACGUCAAAGACUUCAACGACCGUAUCAACAUGGCAGUGAAGGGCGUGCGGAAUCCUCGUCAUUCAGAGGCUACCGCUGAUGUCGCCCCGCACACUGUAUACUCGCUUGGCGACCUGUUUGCUGCGACUCCUCCGCCCGGUCUUGCGCCCUACCCAUCGCAGGAUCUCGUUCAGGGUGGCAGCCAACCUCCUCCGGACGACAAGUCUUGCGAAGCGACUACCUUUCACCCUCUCCUAUCGGACGCGCUGCACUCAUUGCUCCUGGCGCACGUGCUCGCGCAGACAUCACCCAAGGAGAUCCAGCGGCAUGCCUACAUGGUCGCGCGCCUGGCGAGGUUGGAAGACGGGUAUCCUGCACUGCAGACCAGCAGGUGCCCAUCGCGUUCGGACUGGACGCAGGUUCUCGCCCACGGCAACAACUGGAUAGGCCUCAGUGCGAACUGGGAGACCUUGUGCCUUCCCGCGCCUGUCCCCGGCUACGAGGCCUCCCCGGACCACCACAAGAGCAGCAGUGACCACUACGCGGCGGCCGAUGCCGCUGCUGCCCUCCUCCACGGCCAGUCCUCCGAGGCCAUCUCAGAAGACAGGCGGAAGCAGAGCGUCCGUAGACAAGUCAUGCUCGAUACCCUAGGCGAAUUUGAGCAAGCCAUUGACGAGGAGACGUUUCGGAAAGCUGCCGGCUUCCGGGAAGAGGAGGUGCUUGACAAGGAGGAGGACCCUGACAGGAAGCCGGAUCAUGGCAACAUUACCCCACCGCUUUCACCCGAGACGGCUAUGAAGCGCUGGGCGAGCGACGACUUCCGUGCCCACUCCAGCCUGUCGGUAAGGGCGGCUGCCAUCACACGCUGGGUCCUUGAAGCGCCGGUUGUCACAGGCACGGCGAAGAGGAAGAAGAAGCCAAGGAAGGAAGGGCCCCCGAUCAACGAUGUGAUCACCGGGAUGGACACGCUCGACGUUGGCAUUCCUGCCGUGCAGGCUUCCUCGUGA